AUUGGGUGAAACGUCGGCCCGGAGUGCGUGCGCAACACGGGUAGCGCUCUGUCUCUCUUUUUCUGGAGCUGCCGCCGUCGCUGCCGCCGUCUAGGUGGGGGGCGGGGGGGGGGAGGGAGCCGUGAAGCUUUGAGCUUCCUCCCUCUCGUUUCCCUUCCCUCACCGUUGCUCAGGCAUUGGGCUGGGCGUCCCCCCCAUUGGGGGGAGGGGGGCAUUAUUAUGGAGACGGGUUCUGGGGACCCCUCGUCGCCGCCGCCCCGGCCCAAUGACUCCCGUUCAGUCCUUCACGUUCUCAAGCGGAGGGCUCCCAUUCCUGAGGCCCUCGAAGGGACGACGAACAGCAAGCCAAGUUUGCCUCUGGCCACAGCCAACGAUACAGCAAUAGCCAUGAACCCUGGAGAAGUGCCAACUGGUGCCACCCCGGCAGCACCUUGCCACCCUACAGAGGUGACGUUAACCACGAUGAUUGCAGAGAUGACACUUGUGGCCAACAGUGCUGGAAAGGUAGCAGAGCCUGGAGAGGCGAGGCCUGAAGCCGUAGCGUUGGACGCUGGAGAUGGGUUUUCGGCAGAUACCAUGGUCCCCGUGGUCAAUUCUGUGGCUCCUGCCAUUACUAACGCUACCGUGAAUGACGGUGGGGUGAUGCCAUCAUCAGUGGCUUUGCCAAGAGACGCGGUAGUGAAACCCCUACCGGUUGCACCGGCUUCGCCGACAGUGAUUGUGGUAGCCCCCAGUCCUAUGACUCCACCAGAGAAGACUUCACCAACAUCUCCAGAGGGUUUGAUGCUUCAUGACUUUUCCACUCCUCGGCCACCUCAAGACAUGGGCUCCCAGUCUAGCCUGGGCACUACUGCGUCCAAAGUCCCUCCGGCUUCUGAUACUUUGAGCUAUUUAGAUUCUGUUAGUCUCAUGUCAGGCACGUAUGAAUCGCUGACUGGUGCUGGAUUCCUUGACGAUGCUAGCUCUCUGGGGUCCGAUUCUGAAAUCAAUGGACUUGCCUAUCGUAAGACUGAUAAAUACGGCUUCCUAGGGGGCAGCCAGUAUUCCAUUACACUGGAGAGCGCCAUCCCUGUGGACGUGGCCAGACAGAGGGAACUUAAGUGGCUGGACAUGUUUUCUCAUUGGGAUAAGUGGCUCUCACGUCGGUUUCAGAAGGUGAAAUUGCGGUGCCGGAAGGGGAUUCCCUCUUCUCUCCGUGCCAAAGCAUGGCAGCUACUUUCAAAUAGCAAGGAACUUUUGGAUCAAAAUCUGGGAAAAUUUGAGGAUUUGGAGCGUCAGUCUGGUGAUCCCAAAUGGCUAGAUGUGAUUGAGAAGGACCUCCAUAGGCAAUUCCCUUUUCAUGAGAUGUUUGCAGCUCGAGGAGGCCAUGGGCAGCAGGACCUCUAUCGCAUCCUGAAAGCCUAUACCAUCUACCGGCCAGAAGAAGGUUACUGCCAAGCACAGGCGCCCGUAGCUGCAGUUUUGCUGAUGCAUAUGCCCGCAGAGCAAGCUUUCUGGUGCCUGGUGCAAAUCUGUGAGAAAUAUCUUCCUGGAUACUACAGUGCUGGAUUGGAGGCAAUCCAGUUAGAUGGGGAGAUCUUCUUUGCGCUUCUCCGACGAGCGUCUCCCAUUGCCUAUCGUCACCUGAAGAGAUACAAGAUCGACCCCAUCUUGUAUAUGACCGAGUGGUUUAUGUGCAUCUUCUCCCGGACCUUGCCUUGGUGUUCCGUGUUACGUGUGUGGGAUAUGUUUUUCUGUGAAGGAGUGAAGAUAAUUUUCCGGGUGGGUUUAGUGCUACUCCGAAAUGCCUUGGGCUCGGUGGACAAGUUGCGGUCUUGUCAAGGCAUGUAUGAGACAAUGGAGAAAUUGCGAAAUCUCCCCGUUCAGAUCAUGCAAGAGGAAUACUUGGUCCAUGAGGUGAUUAAUCUUCCAGUUACUGAAGCACUCAUAGAGCGAGAGAAUACCACCCAGCUAAAGAAAUGGCGGGAAACUCGGGGGGAGCUUCAGUACAAGCCCUCCCGCCGACUCCAUGGCUCGCGAGCCAUCUACGAGGAGUGCUACCGUAUGAACCCUCCCCUGACAGCCAGCGCCAGCCUCCUGAGCCUCACAGGGCUAAAGCACAGGGUUGCCCUAGGCAGUAUCAGCGGUCCCUCCUUCUCCCCAGCUCAUUCCAUAAGUACCCUGGCUGAGUCUCCUUCACCUUCCCGGGUCCCUGCUGCUGCCCAGAACCAGGUGGUGGUAUCCGAAGGUCUUCACGCUGCCCUGCCCUCUCCUACCGGGAACAACACCCCUUUGGGUGGCCCUAAGAAAAGCAGCAGCAGCAGCAAAGCAGAAAAGCGGAAAGAAAAAGAACGAGAGAAGCAAGAGAAGAUAGAGAAGGAGAGGCAGAAGCUGCAGAAGGAGCGGGAGAAGAAGCUGCAGAAGGAGUGGGAGAAGCAGGAAAAGGAGCGGGAGAAGCAGGAAAAGGAGCGGGAGAAGAAGCAGCAGAAAGAACGAACCAAAGAGGAAGCCAAGCUAAAGAAAGAGAAGAAGCUGUCUUUGAGGAAAAAAGAACCCAAACCAACCCGUGAAGAUGGAAGAGAUGGGGAGACCUCAGGGGGGUCUGUGCUCCAGGACACUUAUUUUUGAAUAAUACUAAAGGAGUGGGACAGCCCAAGGCUGAGCAACUCCCGAGGACCAAGAAUAUGGUUGCCACUAGAGGCGUAGUGUGGUUGAAGGACCCAAAGGA